AAGGCCAUUCAAACGCACAACUUAAACACCCAUGGGCAGAACUUCGCAUAUAUUUGGCAGCAUUAUAAAGAAGACAGCGCUCGCGGAAGGUUAUUUUCGCAAAACAAACUCUCAUCUUACUGGAUCUAUUCACUUUUGAUUGCGUGACAUCAUUCGCAUCAUUUGGCAUUUUGAAAAACAAGUCAUACCUAUAUAGUGAAAUAUAAAAUUAAAAUUCUCCAGUAAAAAAUGUCCGAAAUUGAAAAGAAAUUUGCUCGUGGUGGAGCCGAAUUGACUUUGGAGCUUUUCGACAAACUACAGGCCUCCACAAACAAGGACAACAUUCUACUCUCACCGCUGUCCAUACAAACAGCCAUGGCUUUGGCCUUUGCCGGUGCCAAAGGUGCGACUGCUGAUGAAAUAGCGUCUGCUAUGAAAUUUGUAUCCAAGUGUCCCAAGGAAGUGGCUGAAUCAUUUCACACUGUUUUGGCUAAGUAUCAAGACAGUGCUUUGGUGAAAAUCGCCAACAAGGUUUAUGUCCAAGAAGGCAAUGCCAUCAAACCUGAAUAUGCCACAGUGACCAAGGAAAAGUAUCAUGCUGCAGCUGAAACCGUGGAUUUUGCCAAAAGCGAAGCUGCCGCUCAAAAUAUCAAUGCUUGGGUUGAGAACAAAACUGCUGGAAAAAUUACCGAUUUAGUCUCCGCCGAAUCAUUGGGUCCCGAUACCCGUUUGGUCCUUCUCAAUGCUUUGCAUUUCAAGGGAGAAUGGCAAGAGAAAUUCGAUGAAGAAGACACUCGCGAAGAUGAUUUCUGGCUUAAUGAAGAGGAAUCAGUACAGGUGAAAUUUAUGUUUCGUCAGUCAAAUUUUCGCUACGGCUAUAUAAGGGAGUUUGAGUGUGAAGCCUUAGAAUUGCCCUACAAAGACUCGGAUCUUAGCAUGUUCGUUUUAUUGCCCGAUAAACGUGAUGGCCUAAAGGAUUUGGCUGAGAAAUUAAAAACCGUCAAUCUAUUGGACUUGGAUCAGAAAUUACAUGAUGCCGAUGAUAUGAUUGUGAGAUUUCCCAAAUUUAAAAUUGAAUACUCCAUUGAAUUGUCGGAUGUGCUGAAAGAGAUGGGUAUCAAAACUGCUUUUGGUCCUGCUGAUUUGAGUAAUAUGGUGGAAUCGGCCCAUGGUCUCUAUGUGUCACAAGUUUUGCACAAAACUUCCAUAGAAGUCAAUGAAGAAGGAUGUGAGGCAGCAGCUGCUACAGGCUUUAAAAUACAGUUUCGUUGCAUGCCACGGAGAUUUUCAGCUAAUAAUGCAUUCUUUUACUUCAUUUGGAAUAAACGAAACAUUUUCUUUGCCGGUGCUUUUGUAAAACCUCCAGCUGAAAGUUAAAUUUUAGAAACCCCAACAGUUAAUAGUAUCUCCAUUAGUUUUUCGAAUAUUUUUGUAAAUUUAAAAUGUGUGAAAUAAAAAAAAGUGUUUUCUUUCAACAUUUUCAAAUGGUUUGAAAAGGAAAAAACUAUUUUAGACACUUUAAUGUCUACCCAA